CUUCUUUCCCGCCUCUCUGAAAAUGUCUGACGACGAAUUUGGUGCUGGUGGCGGCGGUGAUUUUGAUUACGAAAACCCAGCAUUCGCCGAAGAGACCUUCGACCAGGAUUACGACGUUGCGAACGAGAAUGCCGAGGGCGAGGCGGGCGAGGGCAGCGGCCAGGCCAACGGGAUCGACGGCGUGAACGGCGUGGACCACGAUCAUGAGAUGACAAAUGGCGACGCACAGGCGCAGGGCGACUCAGGAGCCUCAGGAGCAGGCAUGCGGGGGGAACGACAAGCGAACAAAACGAGAAUAACGACGCCAUACCUCACGAAGUACGAGCGGGCAAGGGUUCUAGGGACAAGAGCAUUGCAGAUCAGUAUGAACGCCCCCGUGCUGGUACCUCUGGACGGCGAGACGGACGCGCUUCAGAUCGCGAUCAAGGAGCUCUCACAACGAAAAAUACCGCUCAUUAUCCGACGGUACCUCCCAGACGGUAGCUUCGAGGAUUGGAGCGUGUCAGAACUCAUCAGCGACUGAUGUAUCGGUGCUGUCCAUUGUCUUAUAUUCGGUGUAUCUGGUAUCCUACGUUAUAUUUCCGCUGUCAAUGCAUGUCUCUAUCCCUCUAA